ACACAGCUUUCAGUAACCCACAUAGAUUUGUAAGUGUUCGCUGCAAUUUCAAUUACAAAAAUGUAGCUUCUCCGUUUCUUCAAGCAAUUCCUCGCUGUAUUCUCUAUCAAUUCCUACCUGAAAGCCUCAUUAUUUUUUUUUUAAUAGAAAUAUUCAGUCUCAUAAUGUCCAAACUCUAAGAAACCUCCUCAACUACCACCCGUAAGACGUUCCAACCAUAUAACUUUCAUAUAUACAGCUUUUUCCUUCUCUUGGGAGCCAAACCCGAAGGCCCAUUUCCAUUUUCGUCUAUUCUCGGUCUUGGAGACUGCGUUUGCAGGUAGCAUAAUGAGGACUUGGGUGUGGGUUUUUUCUGUUCUUGUCGUUUAUUGUUUUGUUUUGAGGAUUAGUGCGGACCAGAAUGUGCGUACAGAGCGAAUUUCAGGAAGUGCUGGUGAUGUCUUGGAAGAUGACCCUGUAGGGAGAUUGAAAGUUUAUAUAUAUGAGCUUCCAAGCAAAUACAACAAGAAGCUUCUUCAGAAGGACCCAAGAUGUCUGAACCAUAUGUUUGCUGCUGAGAUCUAUAUGCAUAGGUUCCUCUUAUCCAGUCCUGUUCGAACCCUCAACCCUAAAGAAGCAGAUUGGUUUUAUACCCCAAUAUACACCACUUGUGACCUCACACCCACUGGCUUGCCAUUGCCCUUCAAGUCUCCACGGAUGAUGAGAAGUGCAGUACAGCUCAUAUCUUCAAGCUGGCCCUAUUGGAAUCGGACAGAAGGGGCUGAUCACUUCUUUGUUGUGCCCCAUGACUUUGGAGCCUGCUUUCAUUACCAGGAAGAGAAAGCUAUUGAACGGGGCAUUCUUCCAUUACUCCAGCGUGCUACCUUGGUUCAGACUUUUGGACAACAGAACCAUGUCUGCCUAAAUGAGGGUUCAAUCACUAUUCCUCCAUAUGCUCCCCCUCAGAAAAUGCAGGCCCACCUGAUUCCCCAAGACACUCCACGAUCAAUCUUUGUCUACUUCCGUGGCUUGUUCUAUGAUGUUAAUAAUGACCCAGAAGGUGGUUAUUAUGCAAGAGGUGCCAGGGCAGCAGUUUGGGAGAAUUUUAAGGACAAUCCGCUUUUCGACAUCUCCACUGAUCAUCCAACCACAUACUAUGAAGACAUGCAGCGAGCUAUAUUCUGUUUGUGCCCUCUGGGUUGGGCCCCAUGGAGUCCUAGGCUUGUUGAAGCAGUGGUAUUUGGUUGUAUUCCCGUUAUUAUAGCAGAUGAUAUUGUUUUACCCUUUGCUGAUGCCAUCCCAUGGGAGGAAAUUGGAGUGUUUGUAAAAGAGGAAGAUGUCCCUAACCUGGACACAAUCCUUACAUCUAUACCGCCGGAAGUGAUUCUAAGGAAGCAGAGGCUGCUUGCAAAUCCUUCAAUGAAACGAGCAAUGCUGUUCCCACAACCCGCACAAGCAGGAGAUGCUUUUCAUCAGAUACUGAAUGGGCUGGCUCGCAAGUUGCCACAUAACAAGAGCAUUUACUUGAAGCAUGGUCAAAAGAUUUUGAAUUGGACUGCCGGACCUGUAGGUGACCUCAAACCUUGGUAAUGGAAGUCAAAGUGGUUGCUGUAGUUCUCGGAUGUAUCAAAUUUAGAAAGGUGUUGGCCUAUGCCAGAAGGCCCAGAACUGUAAUUUUCCCUUUUUUGGGAACUUUAAUUUUGUAGAGAUGGUUACAUUACACAUAUCCUUUCUGGAAAUUGGGUUGGGUGUUGUAUAUUUGGCCCUGUGUAAGUAUCUGUAAAUUCAAAAUUUUACAUUUUGGUAUAAAUUUGGCAGCCAUUCUCUUUA